AUGACUGACGUUGCUGCUCACGCCGCUGCUCUCGCCGGCUUCUUGAAGCCCUCGACCUUCGAUUGGGCGGAUGAGUCCGAGGAACUCGAGUCGCCAACCUUUUCCCCUCCCAUUAUCACCGAAGACGCGUUCGACCUCAAUGACCCAUGCUUCUGGGAGCUGCAGGACCUCGAUUCGGAUGAGGACAUUGAGGGAGAGCUCGCUAGCACCCAGUCCUACGACUCCGAUAAAUCUUCGUCUCCCACUCCACCUCCAUCUCCUCCUCGUCUUCCUUCGCCUGUUUUCCUCCCUCAAAUCUCCCUCUUAAGUGCAAGUCUCCGGUCUCAAGAUGCCUUCAAUUGGUCUGAUACUACAGAGAAUGAAACUGACGAGUCAAUGAAGUCCAACAACAUUAUCUGCACGUCGUCCAGCUAUAUGGACGAAUCAACCAAUUUCUUUGAUGGUUACGAUGCUAGCCAACUGAGUACUGAUGUGCAAAGCGUCCCAGCAUCAUCCCCGCAGCAUUUCCUUCGAUCGUCUCGCUACAUGAGCGAAGAGUUUGAAGGUUAUGAGGGUCUUGACGAGAGCUCCGACGAGAGCCGACUCAAUAAUUUGAAGGUUAUGAGGAUUUCAACCAGAGCUACGAUGAGAGCCGACUGA